GGCUCGAAGAUUCCCGUGCCUAGUCUCACAGUCUCGCGUUAGCUUCGAGCACCAGACUCGUUGCAGUCAACUAGUCUCGCGCCUUUUAUUCUCGGGUACCCGUGUGCCGAGCUCGAAAUGACCGCCUCCGUGGCGUUGGUAGCAUUGGCAUUGGUCCAUUCAGCUGUGGCCAACAGCUGUGAAGAGGUGUGGUUCGUGGAGGGCAGCUUCCUGGGGGAGUCCUUCACCUGCGGGGAGCGCAUUGUGUACCUCCAGUCUCCUCCAGGAGGCCUUCUCACCGAGCAGGAGGCUCGCGUGCAGACAGCAUUGGAGGAGCUGAAGUGCGCGGACUGCUGGCCCUGGCAGAAGUACCGAGCGGAUGUCACUGAGAGGUCUGCAAAGCGCGGGGUGGCCAUCGAGAACCACCUGCUCACAGCGGAGGCGCUCUCGGGACUCUCGCAGAUUGUGAGCUGGGGCAUCACCUGGGACUUCCAGUUGCAGAACGGGCCAGACGAGACCGUGUGGAAGAUGGCGGGUGUGGACUUCCUGCCCUUGAUCUGGGGCGCAGAUACCAUCCCCUUGGCCCAAGAGGUGGGCUUGCCGGAUGGCACCCGAGCCUUGCUUGGCUUCAACGAGCCCAACUUCCCGGACCAGGCGAACCUGCUGCCGACCGAGGCGGCCGCGAGGUGGGCAGAGGUGGAGAAGCUGGCGGAGGACUACAACAUCACCACCAUCGUGUCGCCCUCCAUGAACUACCAUCCGUCCAUGGACCCCAUCGAAUGGCUGGACCAGUUCUUCGCCGCCUGCGAGGGCUGCAAAGUGGACGCCAUCGGCUUGCACGUGUUCACCUGCUACGCCGGGGGCUUGAAGUACCACCUGGACCGGUACCGCGUUUUCAACAAGCCCAUGUGGGUGACAGAGAUCGCCUGCUCGGACCCGGCCUCGCCGGAGCGGUUGAACGCGGCGGGCCAGAUGGCGUACAUGAAGGAGGCGAUCCCGCUCCUGGAGGCCGACGAGGACGUGGCCAUGUACGCCUGGUUCAGCUACUUCGCGGACGAGUGGGCGCAUCCCAUCGUGGACGGCCUGAACGGAGAUGCAGGCAUCGUUUUCCCCAACGGUACACUCACCCCGCUGGGAGAGCUCUACAACUCCUUCGCUGCGCAGAAGAACCUGUCGGAGGUGAACAUUACCGUGCCCACCUCGACCACGAAAACGAGCACGACCUCGAGCACCACCAAUUCCAGCACCACCACAGUCUCCAGCACCACCAGCAAAUCCUCCUCCAGGACCACAUCCUCCACUGUGUCUGGCACUUCGACCAUCAGUGCUACCACAACCGCCACCUUCACAAGCAAAACCCUCACCUCCACCAAGACCAUCACCAUCACCACCUCCCAGACUUCCACUGUGAGCAGCACCACGAGCGUGUCCUCAACCGCCACAUCGACUCUUUCAUCCACAACUGCAUCAUCGGUGACUGCAACAGCCACCUCUGCGACUGCAACAGCCACCUCUGUGACUUACACCGGACCAUCAACCAUCUCAUCAACUGCCACCAGCACCAUCUCAUCCACUCUCUCGUCAACCAUCUCAUCGACUGCCUCCUCAACAACAAAAUCCACCAGCGCAACCACCGCAACCAACACCGGCACCAUGUCCAGCACCACAGCAGUUGCAGAGACAACGCUGGGGCUGACACCUGCUCCUGAGAUAGAGACAUCCACCACGGAGUCUACCACAGAGUCUACCACAGAGUCUACCACGGAGUCCACUACGGAGUCCACUACGGAGUCUACCACGGAGUCCACCACGGAAGCGCGCUCCACGACCCCGGAGCCGGUGCGGAAUUGGACCACCCGGCUCCUCACAGGCACGGCCACGGGAGCGGCGCCCAGCACCACAUUGCCCCAAGGCGAGCCCACCACCACGGAGCCGGAGCCGGAAGACAAUUCCACCAACGAGACCGAGGAUUUGUCCUGCACGGAUGCCAUGACAGCCUACUGCACUGCGGAUCCGGAGACGGCGCCCUUCUUUCCCUUGCACCACUGCCAGGACUGGCGGCUGCACGAUGCCAUGUGCUCGCGGAGCAGCGGCGGCCCAGCCUUCGCAGGCCUCGACACGCCGGAGACCAGCAGCUUCCCUGUGAUCUUCAUGAUCCUGGCCAUCAUCGCCGCCUUGAUGACGGGCGCUGCCAUCGCCUCGUUGCUCCACCGCGACCGCUGCGGCUGGUGCCUGGCGCUGCUCUGCUGUCGGCGCAAGAGCCGCGCGGAGCAGGAGCAGGAGGCGUUGAAGCGCUGCGUGAGCGGCAAGUCCGACUGGCAGGCGGGGUGCCUGUCUGUCAUGGCCAAUGCCAACAACUCCCACGCCAACGCACGCGUGGCCCCUGCCCCCGGGGUGCUGCUGCCCUUGGAAGCGGUGGCUCGGGACCGCGAGGGCUCGCCCAUGAUGCAGGCCCUGAGCUGCAAGAGCAACCGGAACCUGGAGAUCGCUGUGGGCACCCCGGUGGGCACCACCCCUGCGAGCCGGGCCGCGGCCUUGACCAUGCUCACGGAGGCCAUUGCCAAGGCCACCAACCCGGAGGUGUCCCUGGACGAGAAGCAGAGCUUCCUGGACCAGACCGGCCGCUUCUUGCACUCCUCCGCGGCCAUGAACCUGCCGAUGAACGUGCGCCAGGAGGCUGAGAUGUGGCAGUCGCGCCAGGAGGAGCGGCUCCAAAUCGCUCGGUCCAUGGAGGCGGUGGCCGACCGCUGCGAGUCUUUAGAGAUGGCGGCAGGGGAUGUCCCCGAAGAGACGGACUCCCUGAGGAACCUGCUGGCCCGGGCCAAGGUGGCCAACGAGGACCGCGAAGCCAUGCUGGCGGAGGCCGCCAGGAGAGCCGCGGCCUUCCAGGAGGAGUUGGAGGGCCAGCGCCUGAAGUUGAAGAAGCGCAAGAAGGGCGAGCUCGCGGCGGUGCUGCAGAAGGUGGAGCUGGCAGAGCUCCAGGAGAAGGCUGUCCAUGAGAUGGAGGCCUUGAAGGACAUGGGCUGCGAGCCUUUGGGCGACGAUUGGAAGGCAGCCUGCUGCGCCCUGGAGGACGCCUGGAAGGUCUUUGAGGAGGACCUGGGUGCCGCCUCGGAGCAGUGCAUGAUGCUGGUGGAUGACGCCGCCACUGCCAAGAUCUUCUCGGAGGACAACGAGCGCCAGGCCGCGCUGGCGGAGGCGCUUAGACGCCAAGCGCUCUUCCAGGAGGAGCUUGCGAAGCAGCGCGCCAAGCUGCAGAAGCGGGGCAAGGCCAAGAGUGCGGCUGCAGUGCCCGUGGAACUGGGUCGGCAGCUGGAGGAUGAAGCCGUGUUCAUGCACCUGAACCUUGAGCGGGAGGCCGCCAUGGAGGAGUGCACAAUCUUCGCAGACAAGUGCUUGGCAGAGGGCAAGUUGGCGGAGCAAAAGGAGUGGAUGGAUCUGUACUCGGGCUGGCAGGAGGCCAACAAAGAGUUGGUGCAGGAGCCACAGGAUGAGCUCGAGGGCAAGUGGGCCACGCUGAAGGCCAAGCUCGCCAAGGCCGGCGACGGCGGCGACGAGCACCUGAAGCUCCUGGCGGAGGCGGCGCGGCGGGCCGCAGCCUUCGAUGAGGAGCUGCAGAAGCAGCGGUCCCAGAUGAAGCGCCGCCGCAAGGCCUUGGAGAAGGACGGAGAGAUGGCGGCGGAUCCCUUGGAGGCCUGCCGCACCGUGGCGGACGAGGAGAUUCUGCGGCAGCUGGCGCUUCAGCAGGCAGAGGCGCUGCAGCAGUGCGAGGCUAUGGCGCAGCAGGACGCAGGCAACCGCGAGGCCUGGGAGGAGCUUGGCUCUGCCUGGGCGCAGAUGGAGAAGGACAUGGGCAAGGCGGAGAAGGAGGCGAGAGAGGCGGCCAAGGUGGUCACCGGGGAUGGCAGCGGCCUGAUGGAGGCCCUGGGCCUGGUGAGCGAUUCCGCCGGCGGCAAGCGCCUGAUGGAGGACGACAGCGACGCGCGCCGUGCCGCGCUGCAGGAGGCGGCCCGGCGCAUCUCCACCUUCGACGAGGAGUUGGCCAAGCAGCGCCUGGCCAUGCGCCGGCGCCGGGACAGCGGAGAUGCCACCGGCGCCCGCGCCCUGGGCAGUGCCCUGCUGGACGGGGAGGCCCUGCAGUCGUUGGCGGCCCAGCGAGCGGAGAACUUGGCGGCCUGCCAGCAGGCGGCGGAGGCGGCCAAGGACGAUGCCUCGCCUUGGAAGGAGUUGGCCAAAGUGUGGAACGACCUGCAGGUGGACUUGGAGGAGGCCAAGCAGGAAGCCACCGAGACCGCGGGUCCCGCGGCGAGCGGAACCGGAAACCUGUCGGAGGUGAUGGCCACGCGGGGCCUGGCGGCUGCGGCCCGGAAGGCGGCGGCCUUCGAGCGGGAGCUGGGGCGCCUCAUGGCGGACAACUCCGUGAAGGCCUCCAGCGCCGUGAGCAACGAGGUGCGCUACGCGCGGGAAGUGGCCACCGUCCAGAAGCUGCGUGAGGAGCACGCAGAGGGCGAGGCGGCAUGCCAGGCCAAGGUCGCCGAGAUCCGCGCGGGCGGCGGAGAGAACGUGGCGGAGUGCCGCGACGCCUGGCAGGAGCUGGUCACUUUGUGGCAGGACCUGUCCAAAGACUUGGAGGCCUUCGCGAGUUCGCUGGCGCCCAGCGAGCCCUCGGUGCUGCGCAAGUCCUUGGUGGAUGCCGUGGCGGCGGCCUCCAAGGUCUCCCAAGACGAUCGCCAGACGCAGCUGGCGGAGGCAGCCCGGCGAGCCGCCCAGUUUGACGAGGAGCUGCAGCGCCAGCGCCAGCGACUCUGCCGCCGCACCAAGAAGAAGCCCAGCGACGGCGCCGAGUCGCCGGAGCCGCUGACGGAGCGGCUGCUGGCGCUGGGGGAUGCCGUGGAGCUGCAGGUGCUGGCUGCAGACCAGGAGGCCGCCAAAUCGGCAUGCCAGGAGGCACUCAGCAAGGCACAGGCAGAGAAGAAGUGGGAGGAGGCCCAGGGCUGGAAGCAGAUCUUGGAGACCUACGACUCGCUGUCCACGGAGCUGCAGGACACCAAGAAGGCCGUGGAGUCCAAAGGCGGCUUCGCCGGAACCAGCGAGGAUGCGGAUGGAAGGCGCCUGGUGAAGCAGGUGGCUCAGGACCAAAAGGCGAGUGCGCAGGAGUGUCUCAAGGCAGUGGAGGAGGCGCUGAACGCGGACCAGGGCCCUCUACAGGAGCUGCUAGAGGCCCAGCAGAACCCCCGCUCCGCGCGCCACAGCGGGAAGAUCAAGGGCGCGGAGGUCACAGCGCAGGUGCAGACCUGGGAUGUGCUGGCAGAUGCCCAGGGCCUGUUGGAUGCGCUGCAGAAGAAGGAUGGAGACUCGGUGCAGAAGAUGCAGAGCCUAAAGCGUACGGGCCAGGAGGCGGCCAAACAGCUCGAGAGCAUCGCCACGGAGCAGACCAAAGCGGCGGAGAAGGAGGAACGGAAGGCCUCCAAGGGGAGCCGCCAGGCCUCCAAGGAGCGGGUGACCCACGCGGUGGGGUGCCAAACCGUGUUCCGGCUCGGGGGCAUGGCCUGGCACGCGAACCCGGCGGUGCAGAAGCUGCUGGAGGAGCUGAUGAAGGUCACCUCCACGGGGCCGACCAGUGAUCCGGAGCAGCUGAACCAGCUGGAGACCGAGGUGCAAGCGGUGAUGGCGCACUGGCAGAAGCACUCCAUCGACAAGCCCCGCCAGCGCCAGGAGAACUCUCCGAUGCCCCCGUCCAGAUCUUCGUCGCGCAAGUCCUACAACCCGCCUGCGCCCGCGUCGCCCCCCACCAUGCUCGAGGCAGACAUGGCCAGCGGAGCACAGAGGAAGCAGGUAGAGACGCCCGAGCUGCCGGCCUCAUGGGGCAGCUUCAAGCGCGGACAGCUCCAGGUGGAGAUGGGCACCUCGGCAUUUCAGAGCUCCACCUUUGAUUCGCCCAGCCGCGGUGCUUCCAAGUCCUCCUGCGCCCCCUCGGAGGAGGGCCCUUCGCCCAAAGAACCCAAGGAGUCCAGGAAGAUUUUGCGCCAGCAGGGCAGCCGGCGUUCCUCGCUGGGCAGCGAGGGUCAGUCCAGCGAGCCCCUGAAUUUGUCCAUCUCCCGGCGUCGCCGUGAGGGCAGCCACACCGACUCCGGCGCAGGGCCGGAUGCCCCAGUGCCCGGCCAGCCGGAGGACGCGUUGCACGGGGACUUGUUGGACCAGUUGGAGCACCUGAAGCCGGAGGGCCGCGACCGGCGCCCGAGCUCUGCCCGCCUAGCGGGGCCUGGGGACGGCAGCCUGCUGGUGCCCCACAACGAGACGUCUCGGGCCUCCAGUCCCUCGAGCAACGGCCAGAGCGCCCCUAUGACCCCUCGAUCUCCCCGGCGCCUGGAUCCUAUCCGCCGCGGGCCACCGCUGCCCUCCGCGGGCCAGCUGCUACUGGGAAGCGGCAGCCCCACCAGCCCCACCAGCCCCAACUGAGGAAAGAGCCUCGCGCCCUGCUUGUGCGCGGAGGAGGAAGAUGGCAGGUGCCAGAAACGUGGGAAAGGCGAGAAGCGAGACUGGAUUUUCAGCAGGAAGGAUAAGAGACAGGAUUUUCAUAAGCGUCUAAAACACUGUCAAAGCAUUCGAGCCCAGCAUGCCAGAGGCAGAAAAGGCCCAAAGUUGAGCUGAGAGCGCUUCACAAAGUAGACGUCCGAUCCUUCACAAGCCGGGCACCGUGAUUGAAGAGGUAAAACUUGUUGAUCCUUGUCUCCUCUAGCAGAUGACAGUACUUUUUUCGUUCGGGCCAACUAGGAUUGACUAACCU